AUGAAGUUCACCAUCACCGCCAUUACCGCCGCCCUGGCCUCCACCGUCAGUGCCAUGGACCUGUCCUCCCUCUCACAGAGGGCAGACGAAGCUGAAGACGGCAGCGUCUACGCCAAGGUUACCGCUAUCAACCACAACCUUUCCGGCAACACGACUCCCGACAAAGAGCUCGAGAUCCCCUUAGGCACCCUCUUCCACGUUGACGAUACGCCCAUCACCGAGCUCCAGCUGAAAGGGGCGGGUGCUACAGUCCCAGACCUGCCAGAGGUUAACGUGUCCAAGAUUACGUGUCAGCGGUACAACGACCAAUACGGCACGCGGGUCGGCAGCGCACCAUUCACCGCUGAAUCUCCAGCUUUGAUCAGCACCAAUGCAGUUGAAUUUGGGUGGGUGCUUUGUUAUAUUCAUGCGUAG